AUGGCAACGGCGAGCCCCUACACCUGGGGACGAGAUGGCGGGGCCUCGUCUCGAGAGUCAAGGACGCGGUUCGGCCGGGGCAGCAGCCGCCGGCGAACUACGGCGGACAAGCCGGAGGAGGGUAUCAUUACAGCGGCGGUGGCUGGGCCGAAGGUGGGGGCGGGUAGCGAUGGGCAGGCUCAACAGGCCUCGAACGACGGCUUCGGUCGUGGCUACGAGCAGCAGCAGCAGCAGCAGCAGCAGCAGCAGCAGCAGCAGCAGUCGGCGUUUCCUGGUCCACCAGCACCGGGUUACGACCCCCCGCCGGAGGUGGCACAGCAGCAGGGCGGGUACCCGCUCGGUGGCGGCAGCGCCGCCGCUUCCACCGAUGCCUCUUUCGACAACCGGCAGGGCUGGCAACACCCCGCGUCCCCUCCCCCGCCGUUCUUCGACCCUCAAGCUCCGCCUCCUGUUCCGCCGCAAGACGAUGGCGGCGGCGGCGGCGGCAGCAUCGGUGAUGACACCGUGGUGGACACGUUCGGUGCCGCCAUGGUGCCGGAGGGUAGGCACGGCGUGGCGGGCAGCAGCGGCUCGAAGCCGUCGUUUGAGCCCUCGCAAGCGGGAGCUGCGGCGAUAGGGCAGGGCUGGUCAACCCCAGGCGUGGAUGCCGUCCCCGCUAGGGAAGAGCCGGCAGCCGAAGGCGGGGAGGAGGAUGAUGUAGGGAAGGCCGGAUCGAUGACGGCCACGGUACCGGCUGACCCACAAGGCGGCGGCGUUUCGGGGAGCGGGUCGACGGCAGCAGCAGCAGUAGCAGCAACGUGGCCCGGUGUGGACAUCGCUGAUGCUACUGCACCCUCUGAGGGUCGUGCGGGAGGGAGGGAGCCCGUGGUAGGGACGGAGGCAUUUGACAGCAGCAGCGUCGGCGGCGUCUCAUUGCCGUCGAACGGGGGCGACGGCGCCCUAGACACGAUGCCAAGCUCGGCAGACCAUGGAAAGGAGGAGGUAGACUGGGGGACCGGGGUCGAGGAGGACGGUGACGAGGAGGGGAAAGGAGCGGAGGGCGAGUCCGGGGAGACGGUGGAGGUUCCUGGCUCGGAAGAGAAGCUCCAACUGGAGAGCGAGGAGAAGGCGCUCAUACGCGAGUUGGAGCGCAUGGACAGCACCAUCGGCAACGGGGACGACCCGCCGAGCAUUGGCAGCGAGAGGCCGCGGGUUGUUGGCGACGGCGAUAGCGGCGUGUCCACGCUGUCGCCGACGCCGCCGCCGCUGCAGCCGCCGCCGCCGCCGUCGUCGGAGCACCAGGCGAUGAUCGACAGAGAGGUGGAGCACCAGCUGGACGAUCUGUUUGACAGCAUUAUCCUCGACGACGCCGACGAUCCCGAUGCCGAAGGCGUGGAGUACCCCCUUCCGUCGGAGGCGGCGGCGGUCGGGUCACGGGGCGUGCCGGGGCAAGGCUGGAGUUCUCUUGUUGUCGAUCACGAGGAGGAGGCGGUGGACGCGGUGCGAGAGCAGCCGGCGGCGAGACCCACGCAAGCGGCAGACCAGGCUCGUCGUACUCCCUCCUCGCACGGUGACGCAAGCGUUCAUGCCGCAGCAGACGCGCGGGCGCGCGGCGGCGGAUCGACGCCCGGCGGUGCUCCCCCCGGGGCCACGAGCACGGCGGCGGUGGCGGGCGAAGAGGAGGAGGAAGGAGAACCGCCGGUGGCAGCGGAGGCGACGGCGCUUCCCGAGGUUGGAUCGGCGGCGGGCGCGGGCUCGGCGGGAUCGUUGUGGGGAAACACCAGGCGCUGGGAAACGUUACCGCCUCAACCCGAUGCGGCCAACUCUGAUCCGGUAGUAGCAUUGGUAGAAGAAGAAGAAGAAGUGGAAGAGGAGGAGGAGGAGGAGGAGGAGGAGGAGGAAGAUUUGGAGGACGAGUCGGAUGUACGGGUGCUGCUGGACCCGAUCGAGUUGCCGCCUUCCGCGGCCAGCGACGAGAUUUGGAACGACCAGCACCUGCAGGACCAGCUCGACGCGUACUGGGAGCAGAGCCGGAGGGGGGGAGCGGGAGCGGGAGCGGCGGCGGCGUCGCCAACGACGGCGACGGCCGGGGGGAACCAGCUGUCGGCGUACGGGGGGGGUGGCGGCGUGCCGCACUACGGCCCCGGCGACUGGGUGGGGGGUAACGGCGGCGGGGCGGCGUUGUUGCCAGAACCGCUUCCCGGUUCUGCGGCGGACGGCGCCGCUCGUACCAGCGGCUGGGUGGCGUCGCCUCGCCUUUUCGACGGCGGCAGCCAAUCGCCGAUCAACAUCUACGGCAACGUUCACGUGCACCUGCAGCAGGGUGGCGCGCAGGACGCCGGGGCUCAGCAGCAGCAGCAGCAGCAUCAGCGGCAGCGGCAGCGGCAGCCUUCGCCGUCUUCGGAGCUUAGCGCGAGGGAGAGAUACUACUCGCAGGGGGAGACGAGCUGGUCGGGCAGCGAUCGAGGGGGGCAGUAGCAGCCGCAUGUUUUGAGGGCGGUCGACAGGGGGGUGACAGCAGUAGAAGUAUGUCCUCCAUCUUUGUUCGUCAUAGGGUGGGGCUGCCACGGGGGGGGGGGGGGGNGGGGGGGGGGGGGGGGGGGGGGGGGUUCUCUAGAGGCAUAAAGGUCUAUCAUUCGGGGUCGGGGAUGGGAGGUGAGGUAAGGCGGGUAGAACUCCCAUGUCAUGUGUCUACAGUAUGUAUUUGGUGUGUUUUUCCCCCCGAAAAUCGUGAGAGGGCUAAUCAAUGUACGCGGCGACUAGUAAUGGUGGCAUUGUUUUUUCUUGCGUGUCGGGGGAGGAGAUGGACGGUUGAUUGGCAGAUCGUGCCUAGUCGGGCGGUAGAUUUCAAUUUCGAGGCGUGAUGCUUUGUUCAUCCGUGGCCGUUGUUUUCGUUGUUCGUGGUUUCGACGCGUGUUUGGCAUUUUACCUCCUCCUCCUGUGUGUUUCAGUAGAAAAAUGAGGUUGACCGAUGGCCUAGAGCCAGCCAGAGUUGGGAGGGGCGCGCAGUUUCUUGAGAUAAAUGAAUACAACGUUUUAU